AUGGCAACUGAACUGUCAGCAGCACCCGUCCUUUCGACACCAGCCGAACAGGGGUUCGAAUACGCCGUUGUACCUUCAGAAACAGAGGCGCAGUUGCCGCCGAGAGAUGACGAGGAACUCCUAAUACGUUACGAUAUCGCGGGGACAGCGAUACGAGCGCGACAAAAGGGAUGGAAAAGGUUCAGCGAAUGCAUCUCUCGGCUGCUCGAGAAGAUCACGAUACUCGCCGACACCUCCUACAGCGCGUGUUGCGUUGACGAGAUCGCAGCCGAACACGCCGACGCUGAUGUUGUGGUACACUACGGCCGGUCAUGUCUCUCCCCGACGUCUCGCCUCCCUGUUAUCUACGUCUUCACAUACCACAACCUCGACCGAGACGAGACCGUAGCCGCUUUCGAGAAACAAUACCCCGAUAAAGACACCGCAGUCGUCCUCAUGGCAGACGUAACCUACCAAGAACACAUCCGCACCCUCGCUUCCAAACUACACAUCCGCCGCGGAUACACAAACCUCCUCUCCACAGACGUCAUCCACGACCCAACCGGCCUCAUCCCCAACCGCAGACUCGUCAUCCCCCGAGAAACCCCCGAACUCGACCCCUUCCCGACCACCCUCUCAGCCGACGCCCUCAAAACCCACUCCAUCUUCCACAUCUCGCAACCCCCCACCGCCCUCCUCCUCGCCCUCGCCUCCCGCGUGCACUCCCUCCACAUCCACCCCACCCCCUCCUCCCCCACCACGAGCCUCGCCACCAACCCGCAACAAUUCUCCACACCGCGCCUCCUCAGACGCCGCUACGCCCGCCUGCUGACGCUCGCCUCCGCCGGCAUCGUCGGCAUCCUGGUCAUACGCUCUCGGUCACCACUACCUGUCCUCGGUCGACACGAUCCGCAAGCAGAUCGCCGCGUGCCGAAUGCUUCGUGGUGGGGGGGGAUUGAGCGGGUUGGGGAGGGGGUUGGUGGCGCUGGGGGGGUGGAUGAGGGUGAGCAAGGGUUGCAGGAAGAGGAGGGAGUGGGGAGUGGGGUAGAAGCUGGGUUGGAUGAGGACGAUGAUGAGGAGGAGUCGGCGCCGCCGGAAUUUGAUCUACGGACGGGGAAGCUGGUGAGCCAUAGUCGCCCGAUGAGGAAUGGGGCUGGGAAGGCCAACGGGAAGUCUAAAGCAGAGGGGGUUGCGGCCGGAACUGAGGCCAAGUCGAGUAGUGCGCUGGCGCUGCGACCCAAGGCUGAGCUGGCCACGGUCAACGGAGUGGUUAGUCCUGGGGCUGAGUACCUACGAGCGCAACGGACGUGGCAGGGGCUGGGAAGUGAUUACGUGGCGGAGGAGAGCACGGCGAUUGAGGAGGGGAGGAGCGGCAUUGCGAGGGGCUACACGGUUGGGAGCGAGGAAAGGAGGUAG